AUGAAGAUGACGAGGAGUUUGGUGGCUGUUUUACCAGUAUGCUGCCCCUUUUUUUAUGUAACCUUCGAACAAAUCGGUCCUUGUGGCCGUAAUCUUUAUUAUGUAAUGUUGUUGGCCUUGGUGGCUGUUUUACCAGUAUGCAAAGGCUUGACCGAAUUUCUUAAAGAACACUUAUCUGUUUUACCAGUAUGCUGCCCCUUUUUUUAUGUAACCUUCGAACAAAUCGGUCCUUGUGGCCGUAAUCUUUAUUAUGUAAUGUUGUUGGCCUUGGUGGCUGUUUUACCAGUAUGCAAAGGCUUGACCGAAUUUCUUAAAGAACACUUAUCGUUGCAGGGGGUUCGGUUUAGGAUUUAG